GCAAAAUAGAACCGCUGCCAGACAGCCACCUCAAAAUGGCGAUUUUUUUCCAAUCAUCAUGAUUGCAUUUGCUUUCCUCUUUAUCGCCUCCAUAGUAAACCUCUUUUCUCUCUCCGCAUUCUGUAAUAUACACUCUUAUAUCUCACUAAUGCUUUUGAUUGCGUCUUGCUUCUCCGCGCUUUCUUCAUUCUUUAUCUUUAUUAUUAUUAUUACUGCUCUUCCAUUUGUUUCAAUAAGUUCGAAUGUUUUUCGUUUGGGUGAUGAUUUGAAUUCUUUUGUUUGUAUGUCAAGCAACUCUUAUUGGAUUGAACUUAUUUCUGAUUAGCAUUCAGAAAUCUUGAAAUUGAAAGUCGUUUAACGUAAAUUUAUAAUAUCCCUCGUAUCACUUCACAUUUUUAAGCUAUUUUAUCUUCGGCAUUGAAUUGUUUUCAAAACCCCGCGCAAAUUGGCCUAGAUCUUUAAUUAUUGCUCCUUUUUUUUACACUCCUCAAAAACAUGGUUGCUUAACAUUCUCUUCUUCAAAGUUGGUGAGAAUUGACUCGAAUUUGUUUGAUUUAUUUUUGAGAAUCAGUAUAAGUUUAUAUGGAAGUCAGCAAGUUCCUUAGGCUCUUCAGCUGGAGAAUUCUUGCCUCUUAAGAUUUUAGAAACCUCAAAUGAACGUGCAAAAACCACUUUAGCACUGAAAUCAUGAGGGGGUAAUAAUGAUAUUUUUCGGGUAAUGAUUCCGUCAUCUUCGAAUACUAGAAAUACCUUAUCCAUUUUGCAUCAAGUCCCAGAAGGUCAUGUUGGUGUGUAUUGGAGGGGUGGAGCUCUUCUAAAGACGAUACCAGAGCCAGGAUUCCAUUUGAAGAUGCCUCUGAUAACCCAGUAUGAGCCUGUUCUAGUUACACUUCAAACAGAUCUGGUGAGGGAUAUUCCAUGUGGUACUAAAGGGGGUAUGAUGAUCAACUUUGAGAAGAUAGAGGUUGUCAAUCGGCUACGAAAACAACAUGUAUAUGACUAUGGUGUGCAUUAUGACAACACAUGGAUUUAUGACAAGAUUCAUCAUGAAAUCAAUCAGUUUUGCAGCUCUCAUACACUUCAACAAGUUUAUAUAGAAGUGUUUGAUCAGAUUGAUGAAAAGAUGAAAGAGGCUCUUCAGGGUGAUUGCACACGCUCUGCACCAGGCAUUGAAAUUCUUAGUGUGCGUGUUAAAAAGUCGACAAUACCUGAAAGCAUUAGAAGAAAUUAUGAACAAAUGGAAGAAAAACGCACCAAGGUUUUAGUAUCAAUUGAGAGACAAAAAGUGGCUGAGAAAGAGGCAGAGACCCAGAAGAUGGCUGUUAGUGAAGCUGAGAAAACUGCGAACGUUAGCAAGAUCCUGAUGGAACAGAAGCGGAUGGAGAAGGAGAGUUCCAGGAGGCAGCAGGAAAUCGAGAAUCAAAUGUACAUUGCUCGUCAGAAGAGUCUAGGAGAUUCAGAUUUUUACCGUGAAAUGAAAGAAGCUGAAGCGAACAGGUUGAAGCUGACCCCCGAGUUUCUUGAGCUCAAAUUUAACGAAGCCAUUGCUGAUAACACAAAAAUUUUCUUUGGAGACAAGGUACCUAAUAUGGUUGUGGAUCAUAAAAUGCUUGAAGUUUUCCAAUAGUUGCUUUGAAGUGAAAUGUCAAUACAACUUAUAAACAACAAAAAGAAAGUUCAAAUGGACCUUUUUCUUGAUGAAAUUUUGGGGAAAGACUUGAUUUUGCACUUGUUCAUAAUAGUUAUAAUUAAGGGUAAACUACAAAAAUAGUCACUUUUGUUUGCCUCAGGUUACAUUUUAGUCACUUAUAUUUGAAAUGUUACGUUUUAGUCACUUAUGUUAUUAUUUUGUUACGAAGUGAUCACUCUUCCGUUAAAUUCUGUUAUCUCACUAACGGUAAUCCUACGUGGCAGUCCAACUAGAUUUUAAGUGUCAACUUAGA